AUGAAAUCGGCCCCCGCGGGCUCAAGACCGCCCCCGUUGAUCAUAGACCACCCGCCGGCGAAGCGCGCGCGGGUCUCCCCUCUCGGCGCGGCGCGGCACCCUCGCGGGCAGCUCCCCUGCGUCGACCCCUUGGGGUCCGCGUCGCGCCCCGCGGCCGGCGUCGUCACCCCGCCGCGCGGCGGUUUGGCCGUUCCCGCGGCGAAGACGGGCCGCUGGACCAAGCGCGAGGACGAGACGCUCCGCGCCGUCGUCGAGGCCGACGCGGCGGGCGCGGGCGCGCGGGACUGGGGCGCGCUGGCGGCGCGGGCCUUCGGGGGCGCCCGCAGCCCCUCCCAGUGCGCGGACCGGUGGGAGAAGGUCCUCAAGCUCGGCCUCGUAAAAGGACCCUGGACGCCCGGCGAGGACGAGGUCGUCCGCCGCGCGGUCGCAGCGGCGGCGGGCGGCGCCCCCGCCGGCUCCUUGAACUGGGCGGCGGUCGCGGCGCUGCUGCCCGGGCGCCUCACGAAGCAGGUCCGCGAGCACCAGCCGGCGUGGAAAUCAACCAGCGAGUGGGACGCACAGUGUAAUUUCAUUUCUGCACAGGCGCUGGCAGAACCACCUGGACCCGCAUCUGGUGAAGACGCCCUGGACGGCGGCCGAAGACUUCCUGCUCGUGUCGCUCCAGGCGAUCCUCGGUAAUCGCUGGAAUGAGAUCUCGCGCGCUUUCACGGGCCGGUCCGAGAACGCCAUCAAGAACCGCUGGAAUUCCAAGCAGCGCCGCCGCUUCCUCAACGACGCCAAGCCGCGCGCGCGCGCGCGAACCGCGGCGGCGGCGGCCGCCGCAACGCCCGCGCCGGCCGCCGCGGUCGACUUUCGCGGAGCGCUCCGUGCCGCCUUUGGCUCGGACCCGCUCGAGCGCGAGGCCGCGACCAUCCUCCGCGAGCUCCGCGCGCGCACCGCGCCGCCGCCGCCGCCGCGCGUCGUCGCCUGAACGCUGACGCGGCAAGGACGAACCCAGCUCGCUGAGUUCGCUCCCUCCCGAGCUCACCGGCAGCAGCAGCGCAACCGCCGAUACCCGUGCCCGAUGUGUCCUAAGAUACCCCUGAUCCUACCCUGAUCCUAGCGGGUCUGCUCAGCUGGCGCGGAGUCGCGGAAGUCCUCGACUUGAAUCGUUCCCGGUUAUCUGACAGGCAUCGUCGGUAGUAGGCUCCGGAGCCUGAGAGAUGGUCAAGAUCCCUGUAAAUCGGCGGCCUAGUCGGCCGGGGCGGGACGCCGUCGCGGAUUUCACACGCUCAGGCUGGCUCAAUGCCCUAGGCCCAACGCCGCGGCGCAUAUUUCAAUGAAACGAACAACAAGGAUGAGAGUCAACUUUCACCCUGUAUUUCCAUAAGGGAAACAAGAGCUUACCCUUAUCAAAAGGGGGAGUGCGAUAAAUAGGGCGAAAUACCCCGGGCCUAGGACCUAGUAUCCUAGUAUACCCUUCAAGUUCUAUAUACACUUACUAGUACUUCACACACAACACGCAACGCGUAAUAAACACCGCAAAAUUUGAAACCAAAACUACUUAGUGUAUUUUAAGGUAGCUCCCCGGCAGAUUAUCUCAGCCCUAGGUUGCCAUUAACCCCAGGGGUUAUUAACCCCAAUCGCGGCCCGGGGUUAGUAACCCGGGUAAUUACCCGUUAGUACGGGUUAUUAACCCCGGGAUCUUAUAGAGGGGUAGGGGGAGGGGGCCUCACGGGCCAUUGGCGCGGGCCUGGGCCGCGCCGGGCCACAUGACUUGGUACUUGCCUUGGCGCACCUGUACGUAUCCAAAAGCCCAAUGGGCUGCUUGCGCCCAUCCGCUCGCCCGGAGGGGGUCUUCGCUAAACUCACUAAACGGGUUUAGUCGAAAACCCGUCGGGUUAUUGAGCGGGUUAUUAACCCCGGAUCCCCUCCGAGGGGUAAUUAUAGGUUAAUAACGGGUAAUUAACAGGUUAACGGCAACCUAGUCUCAGCCGCCGUACUCCCAAAGGUGCGUUCCCCUUUGGUCUUGCAUCAUUCGCACUUAUUGCUAUUUCGCAGCUCCGGUUGGGCAUCCUGACCGAGGAGGGAGAAGGCCCCAAAAAGCAGCCUCACUGAGGAGCGCGGAACAGGCCCUUCGAGUGCCACACGUCUGCCCUGAACCGUGACGGAGCGUGCGACACAGCCUGCAACGACUCGGUGGUCAUCGCCCCUUUUUGGUCGAGAGCCGCACUGCGAACCUGCGGUGCGCGGCCUCCAGGAGCCGCCGCGCGAUUUCUGGGACCGCGGGGUCCGUGCAGAGGCUGUAGACGAAAGUGCAGAGGAUCGGCAAGAGGACCGCGGCGAAGACGUAGGUGAUAAGGCGCUUGUAGAGGUCCAUGCGGUGUCGUGCCAGCUUGUGGUCACGCCCCCGCGUCGUCCGGCGCCGGAAAUAGGGCACGUUUGUGUUCUUGGGAGCGGCGGCAGCCAACUCGAGCCAGGCCGAGCAGGUGGCCAGCAGGAACGCACACGUUUCGGCGCGGCGCGGACCGACCAUCACGGGCAAGCGACACACUCACGCAACGUCCUGCUGAAUUCGUACCAACCUGCACCAAUAGCUUGUACAAGUGGUAGAUACAAGGUACCAAGUAUGUAUUAAGUUGUAUUAGGCAUGCCUACGAUACCGUGGUACCGUGGUACUGUCCGAAGAAAGUGUCACGCAUGUUACAUCCGCUGCAUGUUGCAUCCGCUAGAGGGGAGUUGGGGGGCAGUAAUGUUUAAAACCGUUCUUAGUUCUGCUCGCUCGCAAGCAAACAAAUGAGGAGCAAACAAAUGAGGUUAGCAAUGCUGGCUGGCGUGACGCGGGCCCUGGCGGGCCCAAAGCGCGCCUACCCGGACCCGCUGCCCGGUUCGCACGACGUUUGCUUCGCCGACAACCCGCUGCCGGCAGGCAUCGAGCCGCACUUCCCGCCGCGCGCCGCCGCGUGGGAACGCCGCGCGCGCGCGCCAAAUCAAACGCGACCCGCGCGCUAGGCACGUUUACUACACUGGCCGCGGCGACGCGGACCUGAGAAAUCUCGUGGGGCCGCCUCCGUCGACGCAGGCGCGGGCGACAGGCGACUGGGGCUACCCCGAGUGGUACGCGUUCCACUACUUCGACGACGACGCGCUCGCGACGAGCAUGAAGGCGCUCGACGAACUGCUCAGGAGGGAGGAAGGCGUCGUCGGGAGCUACGAAGCGUUCCAGCAGCUCGGUCCGUUCGCCUUCAAGGUCGACUUGUGGCGCUACGCGAUGCUUUACGCGUGCGGCGGAGUGUACGUGGACUCCAAGAUGCGGCUCCAGACCAAGUUUGGGCCCUGGUCCGACCGACACUUCCUGAAACUCGAGCACCGACCGCCGGACCUCCGCUUCCAGGCGCACACGUGCGUCGACGAGACCGCGGAGGGCAUGGACAAGCGCGGCGCCCCCGUCAUGUGGCAGGGCUUCAUCAUGGCGACGCCGCGCGUCCGUCAGCUCCUCUGGGCCAUCGAGUAUAUCGUAGAAAACGUCAAGCGGCGCUACUAUCCGCACGAGGGCCACCUGUCGAUGCUCUACGUGACGGGCCCCGGCGCGCUCGGGAGGGCCGUGACGGCCAGGCGGAUCUGCCACAACGUGACCGCCCAGCCGCUCGGUAAAUUUCGGCACACGAGCUGCCAGCGAGCUGACCGCGUGUGUGUGGACGGGGGCCUGGGAAUCGCUCGGCGGAGCGCGCGCCGCCCGCAGGUGGGGCGCCCACGGCGCCGAGCUCCGGGGCAACCCCCACUCGGAACGGUUCUACGAGCUAGACCGUGAGCUUCACGAGUCGAUGCGCGGCAACGUCGCGGCGUCCGGCCGGCCGGCGAUGAACAGCUACGGCGACUGGUUUAAGCAGCACCGCGCGUACGGCGAGCCGCUCGACGAGGCGAGAUACCCGCAUCCGCGGCAGGGCCGAGUGCCCUACUUCUAUCUUCUCGAAAACGAGACCGCAUGCGAGGGGGAGGGCCGCAGCGGCGACUGCGCGACGUACGGCUGCGACGCCUUUGGCUGCGGCGAGGCCGUCGGCGGUGUCCACCUCGCGUGCCGGAUGGACGCGUCGGCCGCGGCGGCCGCGGCGGCCGCGGCGCUGCGCAAGCGUCCCCACCACCACCGCCCGCGCGCUGUCCGCGGGCGGUGGCGCGAAGGCCGAGACGCCGUCGGGGCUAGCGACAUCCGGGCCCAGUCCGAGGGCCGGCGGCCGAUGAUGAUAUAAGUUGAGUGGUUUUUUACACCAUUUUUAUGAUUUUAGAGGUCUAUUAUGCCCUAUUCGCAUAGGACAAUCGACCUCUAAUCAUAAAAAUGAUGUAAAAACCGACACAUCAAAAAGAAUUAUGACGUCCCCGAUAUCCCCGCGACUCGGAGAUGAUCCAGCGUAUGUUGUUCGAAUGUGAGGCUUUGAUGAUGCCUUUUUUUGCAAGGUACGAUUUGACCGAUGCCAGUGGAUAUCGCUUGCGUCUAUUCUUUAUUUAUUUGUGUAAAUGGAGGGACGCGCUACCACACGUGUGAGAUUGAAGAUUCGCGGUGCGGCGGCGAAGUUAUUCGUCUUGUGGCGCCGAGCGGCACAAUCGCACAAUUUCCCUGGGGCUGAGCCCGGAGAACUAGUAGUUGCAACGUUACCGCGCGGCCGCGGCUCAGCUGCGUCGGGUUUUGAACAUUUAUAUCGCGAGCUUGCCCGCGCGCGGCCCUGCCUGCCGCGCCGGCCGGGCGCUGGGCUGAUCCAAGUGCGCGCGGUGCGACAUGCCGUCCUCGCAGAGCGCAGCGCGCGUAAAGUCGUUGCUGGACGGCGCGGACCCGACGCUGGGCCUCCAGCCCUUCUCGCGCCGAGGCGCCGUCGAGGCGGGUUUCCAGCUGUGGACGCCGCGGAGUCGCGCCGACUGCGAAUCGAGGGACCGCGCGCUACGCCUUUGCGGCGGCCGCGGCCUCGAGGGCGCGUGCCGCGUCGUCGCGCCGCCGCGGCCGCCGCUCCGCGACGGCGGCAACGCCGCGCGCCCGGAGCCCGCGCCGGCGAAGACGCCGCCGCGGGGCGAGGGGACCGCGCGCGCCGCCGCGCGGCCGGCGCCGCCGCGGCCGGUCGACGACGGCGGAUUCGACGACGCGGCGCUCCUGCGCGCGACCGAGGCGGCCGAGCGCGCCGCGCGGCCGGCGCCGCCGCGGCCGGUCGACGACGGCGGAUUCGACGACGCGGCGCUCCUGCGCGCGACCGAGGCGGCCGAGCGCGCCGCCGCCGCGGCGCCGACGCGGCCGGCGGAGGCGCGCGUGCCGGCGGCGGAGAUUCUCGCCCUCGUCUCGGGCCGCGACGCGGUCGACGCGGCGGCGCUGGAGGCCCUCGUCGCUCGCGCGCGGCGCGGCGCCGGCGCGGCGCCCGCGCUCCGCCGCGGCGCGCCCGACGAGGCGCCGGCGCCGCCGCCCGACGAGGCGCCGGCGCCGCCGCCCGGCGCGUUCGACGGCGGCGACGGCCGGACGUGCCGCUGCGGGGUGGCGGCGGUGCGCCGGACGGCGCGGACGGAGCAGAACGAGGGCCGCGCCUUCUACCGGUGCGGCGCGCGCGACGGCGGCGACUGCGGCUUCUUCGAGUGGGACGGCGGCGGCGCCGACGCCGUCGACCGGACGGCGGCGGGCGCGGAGGUCAAGGACUUCGAGGUCGAGAACCGGCGCACGUUCGGGCACCGGGGCUUCCGGCCCGGCCAGCGCGAGGUCGUCGGCGCGGCGAUGGCGGGCCGCGACUGCUUCGUGCUGAUGCCGACCGGCGGCGGCAAGAGCCUGUGCUACCAGCUUCCGGCGUGGUGCGCGCCGGGCCUCGCCGUCGUCUUUUCGCCGCUCGUCUCGCUGAUCCAGGACCAGGUCGACGGCAUGGCGGAGGCCGGCGUCGGGGCGGCGAGCCUCGGCAGCGUCGGCGGCGGCGGGGGCGGCGCCGACGCGCUCGCGCGGCUCCGGGACCUCCCGGCCCACGGCGACCUCAAGGUGCUCUACCUGACGCCGGAGAAGUUCGCGCGCUCGGCCGCCGCGCGCCGCGCGCUCGAGGCGCUGCGCGCGCGCGGCCUCCUCUCGCGCUUCGUCGUCGACGAGGCGCACUGCGUGAGCUCGUGGGGCCACGACUUCCGGCCCGACUACCUCGAGCUCCGGCGGAUCCGGCGCGAGUUCCCGAGCGUGCCGAUCAUGGCCCUGACGGCGACGGCCGACGCGCGCGUCGUCGCCGACGUGAGCGCGACGCUGGCGCUCCGCCGGGACGCGUUCUCGUGGACGGCGUCGUUCAACCGCCCGCGGCUGCGCUACGAGGUCCGGGCCAAGACCUCCAAGCCCAAGGCCAUCGAGCAGAUCGCCGCGCACGUCCGCGCGCACGCGGACGAGAGCGGCCUCGUCUACUGCCUCAGCCGCCGCGACUGCGAGGUCGUCUGCGAGGCGCUCGGCAAGCAGCUCGGCGCGCGCGCGCGCGUCGCGUACUACCACGCCGAGCUCGACGCCGACGAGCGCGAGCGGCGCCAGCGGCGCUGGAGCCGCGGCGAGAUCAAGCUCAUCGUCGCGACGCUUGCGUUCGGCAUGGGCGUCAACAAGCCCGACGUCCGCUACGUCUUCCACUUCAGCAUGCCCAAGUCGCUGGCCAACUACUACCAGGAGAGCGGCCGCGCGGGCCGCGACGGCCUGGGCGCGCUGUGCGUCCUGUUCUUCGCCUGGAAGGACCGCGCGAUCCACCAGGCGAUGAUCACGGACAAGACGGGGCGCCGCGGGGGCGCCCCGAAGAGCCAAGCCGCGGUGGACGCCGAGCUCGCGGCGCUCCGCGCCAUGACGCGCUUCGCCGCCGACCGCGCGCGGUGCCGCCGCGCGAUCGUGCUCGAGUACUUCGGCGAGCGCGACUUCGACCCCGCGGCGGGCUGCGGCGGGCUCUGCGACAACUGCGCCGACGGCCGCCCGGUCGAGAGCCGCGACCUCGCGGAGCACGCCGCGCGCAUCGUGCGCCUGCUCGACGCGGUCGGCGCCGCCGCCGACACCGACCGGCCGGUCGCCACGCGCCUGUCGCUCGCGGACGCGUACCGCGGCGCGAACACGGCCGCGACGCGCAAGCUCCGCGUCGCCGGGCGGCCCGAGUUCGGCGCCGGCCGGAGCCUCGGCAAGGACGCCGUCGACGACCUCGUCGGCCGACUCGUCUGCGAAAACGUCCUCGCGGAGGCGUCGGUGACGAUUGGUAUUGAAGGCAAGUUCGCCGCCGACUACGUGAGCGCAGGGACCCGCGCGGACGAGUUUCGACGCGCCGACGCGCCGGAAUUCUGCGUUUCCGUGCGCACGGGCCGGCGGCGCGCGGCGGCGGCGCCGCGCCCCGCGGCGCCGCCGCCGCGCCCCGCGCCGCCGCGCGUCGCCCGGGCGCCGCGAUCGCCCCACUUCGACCUCACCGGCGGUCGCGACGGCGACGACGGCGGCGGCGACGCGCCCUCGCCGGCCCACGACGAGGCGGGGCUCCGGGAGCGCGUGGUCGCGUGGCGCCGCGAGGUCGCGAACGCGCUCAACAACCUCCCGUUCCAGAUCAUCAACGAGGAGCACAUGAACGUCAUCGCCGCCGAGGCGCCGACGACGACGGCGCGCCUCGGCGACGUCCUCGACGCCUUCCCCGCGGCGAAGAUGCGGAAGUACGGCGCGUCCAUCGUCGCCGCCGUGAGCGCGUUCCUCGACGGUCGUCCCGCGCCGCCCCUCAAUCUGUAAUCUGUUCGAAUGCUUGGGUUCGUUCACCUCGCCCUGCUUGGUCGGAAUGCUCUGGGCCUGUGCAUCUAUCGGAGGGCCUUUGCCUCCUCCGUCCUCGAGGAGCUGGCGCCCGCCGGCAGCUCCGGUGGCGGUGCACAAUGGGAAACAAGUCUAGUAGGAUCUCACCGUGACGCUGUCGCGUUUAGGCCACGCCUCCCGAGCCGCCAACACGUCUAGGCGACGUAAAUCGGGUUUACCCA